UUAAGAAGUUGCGGCAUGGGGCGGAAUAUCCGCUGUCAACAGGAAGAGAGAGAAAUAUUCGGAGAAAAUAUUGACCAGGACUAGUGGGCCCAGGGGCGCUUUACUCCGUGCGGCGCGCGCCGCCCGGUUUGGAUGAAUCAAAACCCCGACUCCGGACGCGCAUACAUCCGUGCUCUACAGUUUUCUCAGUUCACGAUAGACCGCUAUGUAAGACGGACGUCUACACAGCUAACCCACCAAUCUAAAUAUUAACAAACACAAUGAGUGUUUUGUCUACGUUACUUAUGUUCAGCGCGAGCAUUGCGAGUGUUCAAUCAGACUGCUAUUUCCCUGUGGAAAUGCAAGGAGAAUUUAUGACGCAGUGGAAAGAGUCGCAAGAAAUAGCGUACACCAGUAUAUCUCUUACAUACAAUUCUGUUCCAAGUUGGGGAAACUGUCACUCACGGCAUAGGGAAAAUGUGAUUUUAAGAGAUUCCUCAUCGCGAGGCUCAGACUGUUUCAGAUGUAUCAGAAUUAUUCAAAGAUCAGUGAAUGUAAACCAAGUUCAUGUUAGAAACUUACACAAGUGUUUUGAUACUGAAGAGGAGGCACUUAGAGACUGCCCGACCUCUCAUGAGGUGACAAGCCGGGCUGUUGAGGAGAUAAUGUUGUAUAAAACUCGUGGAUUUUACGGAGAAUCGGCCGUCACACAAACACAUUGUCCGUUCAGCGGUCGAUGGAAGUUUUCCUAUUCUAAUGUUGAAGAGGCUGCUGGCUCGUGUGAUAGCGAGAGUUCAGAGGCCGGAGGCUGUCCCAGCGAGUUUAUGCUUGACCUCAAGUUCCGUAAUUGUGAUUUCCCGGAUUUUGAAAUGAGCUUCCAAUGUUUGGGACACUGGUCUGGAGAAGAUGGGAGGAACUAUCUGUCCUUGUUGGACACCAAACUACCCCAGCUGGGAGAAGAACCAAGACCAAGAUAUAGAUGUGCAGUUUAUCAAACAGAUUUACACUCUGGAGUCACUCAUCUUGCACUUUCCAACGACUCCACAUGUGUUCACCAGCUGGAGUCUCAUGUUAGUGGAUAUGAGACACUGCGACUAGAGAGGAUAGAACUGAGUCCCAAACCUGAGAUGGGACACAAGUUCCCUGCCUGGGCACAGGGGGACUGGGACAAGGUUCAUGUGAAAGGAUCAGAGUUAAUUUAUAGAAGUAAAGAGGAGUUGACAACCUACCAUGUUGAUGGUUUGAUUUCACCAUCACAAGGACGGAUUGUCUCCAGGAUUAGUACAGCGUGUGGAGAGCUGGGUUAUGCUUGUCUAGCUCUGGAACAGCGUACAGAGAAUAUUCUUGAGCUAAGAAUUGGCAAGAUUGAUUCUAAGCUUGACGAUGCUCUUUGCUCUGACGAGUAUCUGGACCAGUACGCUUGGAUUACUGUUGGAAAAGAGGUUGUUAGAACUCCAUGUCCACUUUCAGGAACUUUUCAUGGACUUAUUCCUGAUGCAGAGGGACUGUGCGCCCGUUCAUCCACCUCAUGUUCCCGACCCGACCAGAUGGAGUACAAGGUGUACAACUGUGAAAACACCACCGAGGUGUACGAGGACAGGUUGUACCAGUGUUAUGGUCAAUUCCAAGAUGGCGGUUUAGUGUACACAUUUACACAGAGACUUGAUCUGCCAGUACAAGAGUGUUUUGUCGGUACAACACGGGAUAGUGUAGAGCACUACGUCAUGGAGGCUGGAGCACAUUGUAAGCGUGGUAAAGAGCCCUCUCUGUACGGUAUGGUUAUGCUAAAAGAAGAGGAUCUAAUUUGUGAUGAAAUUAUUGAGGAAACUCAAGAACCAGUUCUCCGUCCUGUAACCCCAAAACUACUGCACCCAACCCUCAGACCGGAAACAGGGCACAAAAAGCACAAUCAUAAUCCAAACCAUCAUCAUAGGUCCUCCAGACCACAAUCCUCUACUCCCCCCUCCAUCAAUCAAGUGGAGUCCUCAAAUUCUUCCCCCUUCCUGACCCCCUUCCCGGGACUAUUUAUCCUGCUCCUAGUCUCCUGCUUCUGGUGCUAAACUCCUGUUUCUGAUACUAGAAACAAUUAUCUACUCCUAAAUCUGGUGCAGCACAAAUCCAAAAGAAUUCAUACAGUUUUUCAUUCUGAUAAGAAACCAACUAGUGAUAAUAUAAAUACUUAAUAUAUUUAAUUUAUAGUACUUUAAUCAUAAUAAAUUUUACUCUCAUAAGUCAUGAUGUUUUUCAACUUUUUCAAUAUAGAGAUUGACAAAGAAGUUUAGAUUUAGAAAAAUAUGAUACACUCGU